AUGCGGUGGAUCGUAGCUGCGUUUGUGGUGACGUUGGCCGCUGUGGUCAGUGGUUCGUAUAGUCCUUACAAAGUGAAAAAUGAGGUCGUUUAUGCGGAUAAGGACUUUCUGAUGAAGGAGAAGUUUUUCUUCGAAAUCUUCAGAAACAUUCAACUGCCCGUCCAGUUCGAGGAGUAUCUGCCCUUCACUAAAGCAUGGGUUGAAGAUAAAUCAAAGUACCUGAACUACGAGCAAGUAGUGGAGUUCUUCAAUUUCUACAAGCUCGGUUAUCUGGAAAAAGGCGAAAUCUUUACCAUCUACAACAAGUACUAUCUGAAGCAGACCUAUCUGCUGUUCACCUUCCUGUACAACUCUGUGGAUUGGGACACCUACUACAAGAACGUAAUCUGGGCCCGAGAAAACAUCAACGAGGGUAUGUUUAUCUACGCCGUCACGUUGACAGUGCUUCACCGUCCGGAACUUAAGGGAAUCAUUCUGCCGGCCAUCUACGAAAUCUACCCGUACUACUUCUUCAACACCGAUGUGAUCCGAUCGGCGACGUUCCGCAAGAUGUACGAUGCCAAAUUCGGAUUUUAUGGCAGCGGCAAGUACAACGUGGUUUACUCGAACUACACACUGACCUAUCCGUAUGAGGGAAAAUACUACGAUGAGUACUACAGCAUGAGCUAUUACUAUGACGAUGUCGGUCUGAACUCGUACUACUACUACUUCAUGAUGGAUUAUCCAUUCUUCAUGAGCGAGGACAAAUUCGGACUGUUCAAGGAUCGCUGGGGAGAAAUGUACUUCUACAUGCACCAACAGCUGCUGGCCCGUUACAAUCUGGAACGGUACUCGAACUACUUGUACCCGGUCAAGGGUCUCACUUGGAAGUUCCCUCUCAAGACUGGAUACUUCUCGCUGUUGAGCUAUUGGAACGGUGUACCCUUCAAGAGCCGAGAUUACAAUUACAUGAUCAAGGACAGCGAUUACUACAAGUUGGACAUGAUCAAGGACUGGGAAUCGCGUAUUCGCAAGGUCAUUGAUACCGGCUACUUUAUGCUGGAGGACGGAACGAAGAUCGACCUACGCAAAUGGCAGAAUGUUGGCUAUCUUGGACAUAUUUUCGCUGGUGAUGUGUAUAGUAUGAAGUACGGAUUCUCUGGAUUCUUGGAGGCCUUCUCGCGGUUCGUGCUAUCUGGUGUUGAUUUCAUGUCAUACAAACCGUGGCCAUCGGCGCUGAUGCACUAUGAAACAUCACUGCGUGAUCCGAUUUUCUACUCCAUGUGGACUCGGCUGCUGGACUUCUACUAUCUGUUCAAGAGUUAUCUGCCUUAUUACACGUUCGAGGAGCUUAACUUCAAGGGCGUUGUCAUUAAGGAUGCAGUGGUAGACAAGCUGAUGACCUAUUUCGAUUACUACGAUGCCGACAUUUCCAACGUGAUCCCAAUGACCAACGUAGCUAAGUACUGGGACUUUAGCGUUUUUGGCCGUACCAAGCGACUAAAUCACAAGCCGUUCUCUUACACUCUGGAUGUCGCAUCCGAGUACGCUGGCAAGGGUAUGAUCCGCGUAUUUUUGGGACCGAAGUUUGACAGCUUUAUGGAGUUGGACUACUACAAGGACUUCUUCGUUGAAAUUGACCAGUACUAUGUUGAUAUUGUCGUAGGCAAGAAUACCUUCACUCGAAUGUCCAAGGACUUCUUCUGGAGCAUCAAGGACCGCACCACGUACACCGAACUGUACAAGAAAAUUAUGACGUCGUUCACCGGAAGCGAAAAGUUCAUACUGGAUAUGUCCGAGGCUCACUGUGGAUUCCCAGAUCGUCUGGUGUUGCCGAAGGGUUGGCCAAGUGGCUUUAAGAUGCAGUUCUACUUCAUCAUUACUCCCUACUAUAGCAGCGAAGUGGUGAAAGACGUCUCGUACUUCGACAAAUCGUACUUCUGCGGUCAGGGAUCGUAUUACUCGGAUAAGUUCCCGAUGGGAUUCCCCUUCGAUCGCCAGAUCGACUUCACCUACUGGUACACGAAGAAUAUGUUCUUCAAGGAUGUGUUCAUCUACCACACCGACGACAUGAAAAUAAACAAACGUUUUCGGGCUGUCGCCGUAUUGCUUGUAGCGGGGUUGAAACUGUGA